UCCUACUCAAGAUGUGCUGGAUAACCCCGGUGUCUUUUACCGUGGUUGGAGAAAUGCAGAAGGCGAACUGAUGCAGCUCCAAGACAACGUAUAUGAAGAAAGGAAAGAGUCCCUGAAUACAAAGUAUAUUCUUACUUUGUAUAACUACACUGCGUCAGAUGCCUACUUCCUGGAGUGUUUUCAAAACAUAACGACAGCUAGAACAAAUAUGGUAUACAUGUCUGAAGCUCGCUUGCAACUUGGUCCUGUGUGUACGGUGGAUGGUUGCAAAGACUGCGUGUGUGUGUAUCCUGGUCAUCAAAUAACCUGCGCAGCGACUGUCCCAGAUGUGCGAAUCAAGAUUGACAAAAAUGACGUCAGCUUGUAUGAAAUCGGGUCAAAUGGAAGUAUACAUACAUUUGAAACAGAAAAUAUUACGAUUUCUUCAUACUACCACAUGAAAACAGUUGAAUGUUGGACUAACACAAGCAAUAUACAUGGCGGUAUGUCGACGAGAACACAUAUUUUUGUAAUAGGCAACAUUACGCUCGGUCCGCUUUGCGACGUGGAUGGAUGUACAGGCUGCGUUUGCGUAUAUCCUGGGGACACAAUUAUCUGCACAGCAUUUACCCCCAAUGUCAAACUAAGCAUUACAGAUGUUGAUGUUUAUAUAUAUCCGAGACAAAAUGCAUCACAUGACAAUAUGUACACAUACGAAUCCGACAAUGUUUCGAUUGAUUCAUCAUUCCAUUUGAAAACCGUAAAAUGUUGGGUUGAAAUGAAGGGUGAAUAUGAUGUCGUAGAAACCAGCGCAAAACUAUAUGUGAUCUCUCGUCCCAAGUUGGGCCCACUAUGUAGCGUAGGUAACUGCACAGACUGUUUGUGUAUCUACCCGAGUGACUCUAUUACCUGCGCAGCCUCCACUACAAAUGUAAAUGUAAGGAUUGACGGUUCUGACGUCACCCUUUUGCCGAUGACGUCUAACGGAACCACAUAUUCGUUCGAAUCUGUGAAUUUCACAAUAGGAUGGUUGCAUCACAUGACUUUAGUUGAGUGCUGGUCCAAUUUGAAUGGUACCCUCGGAGAGAUAUAUUCUCGUACAAAGAUGUUUGUACUUGCACGUCCCAAACUCGGUCCGACGUGCACAGUGGACGGCUACAAGGAUUCCGUCUGCGUGUUCCUUGAUGAGGCGAUUAUCUGUACCUCGAAUGUCCCAAACUUGCAUAUCACGAUCAAUAACGUUACAUCAAGCGUUUACCUGUCGGCAUCCAACGGAACGUUCUACACGUACUCGACGAACAAAACUGAGCCCGAUUCGUCGCCUACUACGAAGAUAGCUGAAUGCUGGGCUGAACAGACUGCAGGGAAUGAUAUGCUGUACACAAGUGCCAAUCUGUUUUUAAUCGCGCGUCCCAGACUUGGCCCACUGUGCAGCGCGGAUGUCUGCCCUGGAUGUGUGUGCGUCUUUCAAAAUAUCCCCAUCACAUGUACCUCAGCUUAUCCAGACGUACGUGUACGCAUUGACAAUGUUGACGUCGUUAUUAACAAAAAGUCGAGCACGUCAGAUGGGGACGACUUUAUAUACGAGACUUAUGAUGUUGCAUUUGACUUGUCCAGCCACUCGAAAAUUGUGGAAUGUACAAUUAAAACCAAUUAUACAAACGAUGUAUCUACACGUGGCGAAUUGUACAUUAUUGAGCGCCCUGUCCUUGGUCCAGUGUGCCGAGGGGACGGGUGCACUGACUGUGUGUGUGUCUACCCCGGAGAACAAAUUACAUGCACAUCAAAUAUCCCAGAUGUGCGAAUCAAGAUGAAUGGCAUUAACUUACGACUCCAAGAAAUUAGGUCCAACGGAACUAUCUUUACCUAUGAAACGAGUAAUAUUACUUAUAGCUCCUCACACCACAUGGAAACUGUAACAUGUUUUGUUACGUUGAAUAACACUCAAUACGAGAUGAAUACUACCGUAAAGCUACACGUAAUCGCUCGACCAAUCGCUAAAUGGACUGGACAGUUUUCACAAGAAAAAGUGUUUAUUGCUGUUGGAGUCUUCGUAGCUGUGUGCGUCUUUGGUGCUGUAGGGGUGUCGAUGAUCAGAAUCAGUUCAAAAAGCAGACCACUGAAUGUGCAACACAAUAUCGAGAGUUUGCAAGAGACUGCAGUUAAAAUGGAGGAACAACCACCGUGCAACUCUAUAGAAAUGUGUAACGAGGAGAUAGAUCCGGAUUAUGUCACAAUUUCAGAUUGUGAUAUGAAUAUGAAAACCAGUCAGGCAGGGGACCGUGUCUCAUGUACCUAUCAAGACCUGCGCAGGUCCAGAAUGGCAGCACCUCCAUAUAUGACGUUCGGGGAGAUCGAAGAGUCCUCGUGUUAGCGAGUUCAACCUCUACCCAUAUGAAAAUCACUGAGAGUCAAUAGUAAAUGUUUAAGCUAAGGCAACCACCACCUAUAUAAGAUUCAGAGAAAUGAAAAAGUCCCCGGGUUAGCAAUAUCAAACCCCUUCAAAAUAACCGUUUUAGAGAUGAAAGCUGCCUACCUCAUCUUGUUGACAACCUUGGUGAUUACAAAAGCAAGCAACCCCUUCCUUCAUGACAUAAUAUGACAAAGUCGAGUCCAUUGAAGAGCAAUGACAUGGUUAUCUUAUAUUACAAACUGGAAUUGAAUGGUCCACUAGUGAGCAAUGGCAACUUUUUCCUAUAUGACAUGAUUGGAGUAAAGGAGUCCACUUGUUAGCAAUAGUAGGUUCCGCCUAAUUGUCCUUUAUAAGUCCAAAAUGAGUCAACUUAUUAGAGAAUGAAGUCGUCGCCUAAAUGACUUCUUGUGAGAUGGAAGGGACUACUAGAAAUGCCAACCGCCUCCAAUAUUGCUUUGUGCAAAACGUUUUCGCAAUAUCAAUUAUUUGAUUACUGGAGACAUUGAAGUCAUUAUCUUCAGAGAUAUGGAGCACCCCCAGUUUAAGCUGUGGCAAUCUAUUUGAUAUUUGGACACGAAAUGCAAGAUAGAGAAAAUGUCAAGCUAAGACAGUAUACUAUUUAGUGUUUGGGCUUGUGUGUUCUUUGUUCCUUAAAUUAUUACAUGUUUGUUAACAGAUACCCUGACCAGCCAUAAUUGGCAAUGUAUUAACUUUCUUGCAGUACAGAAUAGAUUGAAUCAUGACGUC